AAAAGACUUGAUUUUUAAAAAAGAUGUACUCGUAAAAUAACGGAGUAUCAGAAGGCGGUUGUCGACUUGCCGAUUCGGAGGAAAAUGCAACGAACUGUGGCGCAUUCGAGAUUACUAGCUCGGCCUCUACUCACGGCUGCGCGCGCCUUCUCUACAUCGCCAUCCGGCGAGAAGAUCGUUGCUUCCGUACUGUUCGAGAGGCUUCCGGUUGUGAUACCAAAAAUCGAUCCGGUCGUUUAUGCAUUUCACGAAUUCUCGUUCCGAUGGCAACAGCAGUAUAGAAAAGAAUAUCCUGAUUCGUUCUUGCAGAAAUCUAAUGCAAGAGGACAAGGAGAUCAUCAUAUUGAGUAUACGCCGGCUCCACGGAUCACUGAAGCAGAUAAAACCAAUGAUAAAAAGUCACUACAGAGAGCACUUGACCGGAGGCUUUAUCUUCUUUUAUAUGGCUCUUCAUUUGAUUCUAAUGGAACACCUGUCUGGCACUUCCCUGAGAAGGUUUACGUCUCUGAACCAACACUACGCAAGUGUGCUGAAUCUGCUCUAGAAUCUGUUGUGGGAGAUCUUUCGAAAACUUAUUUCGUUGGAAAUGCUCCAAUGGGCCAUACAGUAAUACAGCCAGCAGGAAAUGACAAGGUUGAUGCACCUUCUAAGCGAUUCUUUUUCAAAAGUCAACUCAUCGCUACGAGCAAGAUCAAUGUUGGAAAAUGUGAAGAUUACUUAUGGGUGACAAAGGAUGAGCUAUUGGAGUAUUUUCCUCAGCAUGCUGAAUACCUCAACAAAAUGAUCAUCAGCUGAUAACAUUUUACUCUUUGUUUUCCUAGCUCUUUGAUCAACUUUAGAAAAAAAAAGAUGAUGAAUUGUUUGAUAUAUUUCUGCCUUCGUCGUCAGGAGUUACAUGUUUCGGAGUUUACUAGGUUUUGAUGUGACUAAUGAGGAGAUGAAGGUAUUUUAGUUGUUUCAAGAAAUGUACUGUAAUAAUUAUCUUAGGCUUAUGUCUGUAUGAAUUAUAAUCCCCCAAUCUGUUGGCCUUGCAUUCAAUUUCCUCUUUGGGGGGUGGUUUUUGUAAGCAUUUGACUGAAGAAAUAGUGAAUGGAAAAGAUGAUGACCUUAUAUCAA